AUGGGCUCCAUUGAUUGUAUGCAUUGGCGAUGGAAAAAUUGUCCUCUUAGAUUGAAAGGGUUGCUCUCUGGAAGAGCUAAUAAGCGAACAUUGAUUUUAGAAGCUGUAGCAUCGCAAGACCUUUGGAUCUGGCAUGCUUUCUUUGGAACGCCAGGUAGGUGUAAUGAUAUCAAUGUUCUUGAUAGAUCUCCAUUAUUUACAGAUGUUUUUGAAGGUCGUGCACCACCUAUUAAUUAUGUCGUGAAUGGGCACCAAUACAGUAUGGGAUAUUAUCUCACUGAUGGUAUACACCUAAAAUGGGCAGCAUUCAUUCCCACGAUAUCCCUCCCCCAAAACGAAAAGGAAGGCCUUUUUGCCAAGUUACAAAAAAGUCGACGAAAGGAUAUGGAACGUGCAUUUGGGGUACUUCAAGCUCGUUUUGCAAUAAUUAGUCAACCUGCUCUAGCUCGUAAUACAUCAAUGCUUGGAAAAAUUAUGAUAGCUUGUAUUAUUAUACAUAACAUGAUUGUUGAGGAUGAACGAGAUACAUAUUUAAAUUAUAAGGACCCAAGUGAGUAUGACCAAGCCGUGGAACAACCUUCAUCCUCGAACAGAAGAAAUAAUGGAGAGCCAUUUCAAUUUCACAACGGUGCUGAGAGGAUAGCAAAUUUGGAUACUUACAUGUCUAAUAGAGUUCGAGUUCGUGAUGAAGUUAUGAAUAGAGCCCUCAAGUCAGAUCUGGUAGAACAUUUGUGGCUAAAAUAUGGAGGUAAUAAUAGGGAAGAGGGUAAUAAUAGAGAGUAA